CUGAAGGGGAAGGAUCAUACAACUUUUUAGCUAAUUUCAAGUUCAUGUGCAUCUGCAAGUUCCAGAAAUCAACACAGAAUAAGAAGCCAUUUUCAACUUGAGAGAGUGGGAUUUUUUAGAAAAUGAUAGGUAAUAUAGCUAGAAGAUGGAGGUCGCUCAAUGGGGAGGAUAACUGGAAGAACCUCUUGGACCCUUUGGAUGUCGAUCUUCGGCAAUGCAUUCUUCACUAUGGAGAUAUGGCUCAGGCAACAUAUGACAGUUUCAAUUCGGAGAAGGUGUCAAAAUUCGCCGGGGACAGCCAUUAUGCAAGGAAGGAUCUCUUCUCCAGAGUUGGUUUAGCCAUAGCCAAUCCAUACAAGUUCAAUAUCACCAAAUUCUUCUAUGCAACUUCAGAGAUUGAAGUUUCAGAAGCGUUUUUAGUGAAGUCUCUGUCGAGGGAAGCUUGGAACAAAGAGUCCAAUUGGAUGGGGUACAUCGCAGUUGCAACGGAUGAGGGAAAGAGCAUGUUGGGAAGGAGGGACAUUGUAAUUGCUUGGCGAGGAACAAUACAAGCAUUGGAAUGGGUAAACGACUUUGAUUUUCCUCUGGUUCCUGCCUCAAGACUAUUUGGAGAAGCUAAUGAUUCUAUGGUUCACAAAGGCUGGCUUUCCAUUUACACUUCUAAAGAUUCUCGAUCACCGUAUAACCCGAACAGCGCAAGGCAUCAGGUUCUAUCUGAACUUGUGAGGCUAGUGGAAGAAUAUCAAGAUGAAGAGAUCAGUAUAACUAUAACAGGACACAGUUUAGGUGCUGCCCUUGGAACCCUGAAUGCAGCAGACAUUAUUGCAAAUGGGAUAAAUAAGCUGAAAAAACAACCCCAGAAACUCUGCCUUGUUACAGCUUUCUUGUUUGCCAGUCCACAUGUAGGAGACUAUAACUUCAGAAAGUGCUGUAAUUCCAUGAAGAGUCUUCAUCUCCUGCGAACUCGGAACACAGCCGACGUAGUACCAGAUUACCCUCUGUUGGGUUACGUGGAUGUCGGAGAGGAGCUGGUAAUCGACACCCGAAAGUCGAAAUACUUGAAGAGCCCUGGAGACUUCAAGAGCUGGCAUUCUUUAGAGGUUUAUCUUCAUGGGGUGGCAGGAACACAGGGAAACAAAGGUGGUUUUCGUUUGGAAGUGAAGAGGGACAUAGCACGAGUGAACAAAUUUUUGGAUGCUCUCAAGGAUGAGUAUCUGGUGCCUUCCUCAUGGUGGUGUGCCCAAAACAAAGGAAUGGUACAACAAGUUGAUGGCUUUUGGAAGCUUGAAGACCAUGAGAAAGAUGAUGAUGAUGAUAAGCGUUAAGCACUGUUUCUGCCCUUUUGGAGUGGAAAA